GACGCCCUUAAAUGGUUGCUUCUGAUUGGUUGGAAGUUUGGGCGUGUCGUUUAGAACUGCAAGUAUAUAAGCAGAUUUCAUUUUCAGAAGGUAUCAUACUCGUCAAAUCAUAACUCAUCUCAGCUCACGAUGAAGUGCAUUGUGCUGUUGUUUGCUGUGGUCUCGUGCGCCUCGGCGUACUACUUCGUCACACCAAGUGCUUACUACGGCGGCGUUAGCCCUUACAUCUGGAGAAAGAAGCGGUCUGCCCCUGAUGCCCCGGCUGAAGACCAGCAAGCAGACCCUGCCCUGCUCUACAACAGCUACCUUGGCUACCCCUACUCUUCGUACAUCCACUAUCUGAAGAAGCGCGAGGCUCCGGCUGAAGACCAGCAGGCUGACCCUGCCCUGUACUUGAACAGCUACUAUGGCUACCCCUACUCUUCGUACAUCCACUACCUGAAGAAGCGUGAGGCCCCCGCUGAUGAUCAGCAGGCUGACCCUGCCCUGUACUUGAACAGUUACUACGGUUACCCUUACUCUUCUUGGGCCCACUACCUGAAAAAGCGCGAGGCCCCGGCCGAUGACCAGCAGGCUGACCCUGCCAUGUUCUACAAGAGCUACUAUGGCUACCCCUACUCUUCGUACAUCCACUACCUGAAGAAGCGCGAGGCCCCUGCCGAGGACCAGCAGGCUGAUUCGGCCAUGUUUUACAGAAGCUACUAUGGCUAUCCAUACUCUUCUUGGGCCCGCUAUUUCAAGUAGAUUGACGCCUAACUCGUGUUGACACCGACCCAUUGAAUAUGAUCCCGAUCGAUGCUGGACACAAUGCUGGAGAUUGAGGCUCACGCGCGUCGCCACUGUGUUUGUCAAGUGUGUCUAAUGACAUUCACGUUGUUCAUAAUAAAACAUUGCAG